AUGGAUCAAUCUGGCCAUUAUAUUCCUCACCGCCAGCCCCAGCUCUUCCAGCCACCCGUCCAACUCCCGCCCCCCUCCCAGCUCCACCUCCCGAUGCCCUUUUCGCGCUCAAAUACCCUCCCGCCCAACACCCUCCCGCCCAUCCCCACCAUCCCCGCCAACCCCCGCUUCUCCACCUCCUCCGGCUACCAGCUGUCCCCGAGCGCGUCGGCAACGCUGCCGCCGCUCCCGUCCGCGUCGUCCUGGUCGUCCCACCGCAUGUCCAGCUCGCGCGACGAGGUCUAUGCGCCCUCGCACCAUCACAGCGAGCAGCGACAAGACUCGGUCAAGCGCGAGGCGCGCGACCACCCGCCCCAGCCCCAGCACGACCACAAGGAGACGACCGAGGACGGCAUGCCGACGACGUCCGACUUUGUCAAGAAGUUGUACAAGAUGCUCGAGGACGCCUCGUUCUCGAAUAUCGUCUCGUGGGGUCCCGCUGGCGACUGUUUCGUCGUCAAGGACAUGAACGAAUUCACGAAGUCCGUACUCCCCCGACUAUUCAAGCACUCCAAUUUUGCCAGUUUCGUGCGCCAACUGAACAAGUAUGACUUUCACAAGGUCAAAAACACAGAUGACAAUCAGUUCGGUGAACAGAGUUGGACAUUCCGCCAUCCCGACUUUCACGCCUCCCGCCCCGAAUCCCUCGAAAACAUCAAGCGCAAAGUCCCCGCGCAACGCAAAUCGACCAACUCGACCGGCCGGCUAUCCGACCACAACGUCUCGCCCGCGCCGAACUCCGCAGGUUGCGGCGCACCCGAGUGCGGACGCGCGAUGGAAAGCCUGCAACUGCAGAUCGAUCGCCUCGUCCGCCAGCAAGACGAGAUGGUAGCACACGUUCGCAACCUCGAGGGGAACUACCAGAACGUCCUCGGCGAGAUGGUCAAUUUCCAGCGAACCAUGGCGCAGCAGGACGGGUUGAUGCAGAAUCUCAUUCAAUACUUCUUGCAGCUCGAAAAUGCCAAACUGAAAGACGCUGCAAAUCAGAAUAACGACUCCAGCAACAAUGGCGGAACCGGAAAUGCUGCCGCCAGCACGUCCCUCGCCGAAACGAACCCGUUCCUCCCCGCGCAGGAAGCGCAGAGGAUGAUGGGCGCGUACCCGGAGAACGACGUCGCGCGGGCCUCGCUGGUCCAGAUGAACGAGAUCUCUCGACGCGCCGAGGUCGCGGGGAUGUCGUUCGCGCCCAACGGCGCCCAGGCCCCGCCCAGCCAGCCACCGCCACCGCAGGACCCAGACCUCCAGCAGCGGCCCAUGAGCCGGCAGGACAUGCUCAGCCGCAUCGAGGAGCUCUCGCGCUCCGCGGGGCCCGGCCCGUCGUCGCUCGGGCAGAUGCAGCAGGCCCAGCAGGAGGUCGCCGCCGCCGCCGCCGCCGCCGAGGCAGAGGCGGAGGACGCGGUGGUGAUGCCCGACGGGCAGUACAUGCCCGAGGCGCCGCCCGCGCCCGCGGCGGAGGAGAGCGCGGUCGCGGAGGCGGCGGGCUCGAGCCACCAGGGCCUGCAGGUGUUCACGCUGGGGCACCUCAUGCCCAAGAGCGGCGUCGACGACGCGAACGGGAACUGGAGCUUCGACCCGAACUGCCUCGGCCCGCUCGGCUCGAUGUUCAUGGCGGGCGCGCCGGCGCCGCCCGCGGACGAGCAGCAGCAGCAGCAGAGCCCGCAGCAGCAGGAGGCGUAUGCGAUGCCGCAGCCGACGAAUGCGGCGGCGGCGGCGGCGGAGGCGUCGGGGAGUAUGGGCUUGAGCUUGAGUACGGGCGACGUGGGCGCGCGUCCGAGUAGCGUGCAGAAGUUGAGGGUGCGGCGGUCGACGUAUGUUCCUGGGUGGGCGGUCCCGCCCAGGGUACUCCUCGUCGAGGACGACGCCGUCAGCAGGAAGCUGUCCAGCAAGUUCUUGCAGGUGUUUGGCUGCAACUUUGAUGUUGCCGUCGAUGGUGUCGGCGCUGUCAACAAGAUGAACUUGGAGAAGUAUGACUUGGUGCUCAUGGACAUUGUCAUGCCGAAGCUCGAUGGUGUCUCGGCGACGUCGCUCAUCCGACAGUUCGACCAUAUGACGCCCAUCAUCUCGAUGACGAGCAACUCGAAGCCGAACGAGAUCAUGACCUACUACUCCUCCGGCAUGAACGACAUUCUUCCCAAGCCCUUCAGCAAGCAGGGCCUGCUCGACAUGCUGGAGAAGCACCUCAUGCACCUCAAGGUCAUCCAGCAGAUGUCGCGCAUCCCGCGCUCGGUGGGUAUCCCGCCGCUGUCGGACCCGUCCUUCGACCAGGCGCUCGCGAUGCAGGCGAACAGCAUGUUUCAGCCGGGCCAGAUGGCGGACGAGGACGGCAAGAUCAACCCGCUCGCGGGGAUGGGCCUCACGGACGAGCAGUACGCCAUGAUCCUCCAGAGCAUGGUCAACGGCGAGUCUUUCCCUGGCAUACCGGCGUUUGCGUCUGGCAGCGGCUCCGGCUCGGAGAAGCGCGGCCUGGACGAGGAGACCGACGGGCGGGAUCCCAAGAGGUCGCGGUUCGAAGUUGUGGAGUAG